AUGCCUUCAGGCGUCAAAACCAUUGGUCACGAGCUUUCGUGGUAUAAGAAUGGCGUUCUCCCAUAUAACCAUCCACUCAUCUCUCUGCUAAGAAGCCGUAGCCUUCCACCUUACCAUCAUUCCAUAUCCGUCAUGAAGACCAGCAGCGGUAGGAAUCCAGCCAAAAGCAAGCUAGACACAUUGUCUCCUCUUAUUUUCCAUGUUUCACUGACCGAAUGUACCCAGAAAAUGGGGACACCUGACAUUCUUGACUUUGGUGUUCAAGGCCAUGUUCUCCGCCUCCAAAUGAGCAAUAUCCAUAUCCUUGAGGUCUAUGAUCUCGACACUCUCCUCCCGCUCCUACUUCCUAGCUUUGCCAGGCUGUUUGAUUAA